AUGGGUCAUCUGGUUGUAAAGCCGCAAGGAGCGACGUCGACGGUGGUAGGAUGCGAGCUAGCUGUUGUGGAACAGAAUAGAAGCGGAAAGGAGAGGGGCGAUUGCAAUGUCAUCCUCGUCUUCACCGGUGACAAGAGCACCGGUGGUCCAAGCAACAACAAGGGAGAAGGCGGCGGCAACGGAACAGAAGUAAAAGAAAAAGGAGCUAAUGCAGCGGGGAAAGUAGGCUACGCCUCCACCAGAACAGGACAACAGCGGCUACAAGCUUUGCUCUUUCGACUUCUCACUGCCACGACGUUGACUUGUUGGUCUCUGCUUAUGUCGGCAGCAAUAGUGGUGGUAUCGACUCAGUGGUUACGCCCUCGAUGGUGGAGGUAG